AUGGAUGUUUUGGAGGAUAAUGUAUAUCAGACCGUUUUGAAUGAAUUGUGUGAUAUCAUUGAAACUAUACAAGGAAAAUUAAGGCAUACUAUAUCAUACAGUAUUAAAGUAAAAUGUAGAACCGGAGAUUUCUCUAAAAGUGAAGAUAGAAUCCCCCUAAAAGAUGUCAAUGACAGAGAGGUAUAUUUUUGUGAUGAACAUUGUAUCCCACACAGCAUGGAUGACAUAAGAAAUAGCUGGUUUAAACAUCAUGAUAGGUAUUACAAGAAACCAGACCAAAAAGGACUGGUCUUGAUAGUUAACCUUCGGUUCCUUGCUCCAAAAGGAAAUCCAAUAAAAGUUUAUACAGUUUCUGACGAGGAUCUGCGGAAUCUUUUAAAUUUCUUCAACGAAGAACUUAAAUAUCAGGUGAACAUUGCGGGAUACCCCAUGACAAAGACUGAGCUACAGAACUAUUUCAUGGAAUUUGACAGAACAUACUUGGUAGAGAACUCACAGGAUUAUCAUUCCUUUGUCUGUGUUAUCAUAGGUUUUGAAUAUGAGGGCGGAAUUCAGACAACAGAUAUACCCAUCACUAUUGAAGAAAUACACCAAAUAUUCAAAAGCAAGCCUGGAGGAAAAUUCAAUGGUAAACCAAAAUUAUUUCUUAUUCAAAACAUGUUCGGACCAAAAUAUCCUUUUGGCCAAACAAGAAGCCCACAUAUAUUUAAUGCAUUAGGCGCAUCAAAAGAUAACUCUGAUGUGCUAAGUUUUUCUUCAGAAAUAGAUACUGACAGUUUAGUAGCAUGGUCAUCAAAACCAGAAAUAUACAAGUUAAAAUCAGUUGGCGCGUCACCGUUCAUAAGAGAAUUUGUAUCUGUAGCCAAACAUAAAUACAGAGAUGAGCAUAUCGAAGAUAUAUUGAGUGAUGUGAUAAGAAAUUUAGAUACACGUUCAAGAUAUACACGUGCAUUAGAAUAUUUUCCAAAAGCAACAUUGACAUCAAAGAUGAAGUCUGCAUUAACAAAGAAAUGCUUCUUGUAA